AUGUAUACUACUUCCUCCCGAUCAAAGCUUGAUGGGUACGAAACUAAUACGCUCCAGACCUCGCAGCACCCUUAUCUCCCCGCAUCCUCCGCCACCCUCUUCCAAGCCAAAGCCACCCAGAAGCUCAGCUUCGAGCAGAUUGGGCAGCAUAUUGGCCGCAGUGAGGUUGCAGCUGCUGCCAUUUUCUACGGCCAGGCCAAGGCUUCGCCAGAGGACAUUCAGAAGCUAUCAGAACUGCUCGGUAUCCACCACGGCCUGCUGGAGGAGCAGCUCAGCGGCUUCCCCGAUCGCGGCAGGUCGGUCGAGAUGCCGCCCAAGGAGCCGCUGAUCUAUCGACUGUAUGAGAUCGUGCAGAACUAUGGGUAUGCGUACAAGGCGGUGCUGAAUGAGAAGUUUGGGGAUGGUAUCAUGAGUGCAAUCUCCUUCUCGACCAAGGUGGAAAAGGAGACUGAUGCCGAUGGCAAUAAUUGGGCCGUCAUUACCCUGCGGGGCAAGUGGUGA